UAUAGCCAUAGUGAACUUCCGCUCUCUAAAAUAUUUUCUAACCGGCGUCUUCGGCCAAGUUAGGCCAUUACAUAUCCAUAUACAUCUGCUUAUUUAUAACUUAGAGAAAUAUGAAUCAACUACCAACGCAAUUAGCGUUUGAUGAAUAUGGAAGACCGUUCAUUAUUCUGCGCGAUCAAGAAAGGCAAUCGCGUUUAACAGGCAAAGAUGCUCACAAGUCUCACAUUCUGGCAGCCAAAUCUGUAGCCAAUGUGAUAAGAACCUCAUUAGGACCAAAAGGUCUUGAUAAAUUGAUGGUUGGGCCUGAUGGAGAUGUGACAGUGACAAAUGAUGGUGCUACCAUUCUUGACCUAAUGGAUGUUGAUCAUCAGAUAGCUAAGCUAAUGGUCCAGUUGUCCAAGUCUCAGGAUGAUGAAAUUGGAGAUGGAACUACUGGAGUAGUUGUUUUGGCUGGUGCCCUGCUUGAGCAAGCUGAAAAGUUGUUGGACAAAGGUAUUCAUCCAAUUAGAAUUUCUGAUGGUUAUGAAAUGGCUGCCAAGAUAGCUACAGAUAAAUUAGACAAAAUUAGUGAAACUUUCAAAGUUGACCUUUCUGAUACAGAACCACUUAUUCAGCUAGCUAUGACAACAUUAGGUUCCAAAAUUGUAAAUAGAUGCCACAGACAAAUGGCUGAAAUAGCAGUUAAUGCUAUAUUAUCUGUUGCCGAUUUUGAAAGAAAAGAUGUUGACUUUGAGUUGAUCAAAGUGGAAGGAAAAGUUGGAGGAAAACUUGAAGAUACCAUGCUUGUUAAGGGAGUGAUAGUUGACAAAGAUAUGAGCCAUCCACAGAUGCCUAAAGAGGUGAAGGAUGCUCGUAUUGCUAUUCUCACCUGUCCAUUUGAACCACCCAAACCAAAAACCAAGCACAAGCUUGAUGUUACAAGUGUUGAAGAUUACCACAAGCUCAGAGAGUAUGAGAAAGAAAAGUUUGAUUCCAUGGUGCAACAGGUUAAAGACACAGGAGCUAAUUUAGUUAUUUGUCAGUGGGGUUUUGAUGAUGAAGCUAAUCAUCUGUUACUGCAAAGAGAACUCCCAGCUGUCAGAUGGGUUGGUGGCCCAGAGAUUGAGCUCAUAGCUAUUGCAACAGGUGGAAGAAUAGUACCCAGGUUUGAGGAGCUUACAGCAGAAAAACUUGGCAAAGCUGGAUUGGUAAAAGAAUUGUCAUUUGGUACUACAAGAGAUCGUAUGCUUGUCAUUGAGGAAUGUCACAAUUCUAGAGCAGUCACCAUUUUUAUUCGUGGUGGAAACAAAAUGAUUGUUGAAGAAGCUAAGCGAAGUAUUCAUGAUGCUCUCUGUGUAAUUCGUAAUAUUGUUAGAGAUAACAGAAUUGUGUAUGGUGGUGGUGCACCAGAAAUUGCUGCUUCUCUUGCUGUCCAGGAAGCUGCUGAUAAGAUCUCAACUUUAGAACAAUAUGCAGUAAGGUCAUUUGCUGAAGCUUUAGAAAGCAUACCUUUAGCAUUGGCAGAAAACAGUGGACUGUCACCAUUCCAGACACUUGCUGAUGUGAAAUCCAAACAAGUAAAGGAAAAUAAUUCGUUCUUGGGCAUUGACUGUCUCAACAAAGGAACAAAUGACAUGAAGCAGCAGCUUGUGAUUGAAACUCUGACUGCUAAGAAACAACAGAUCUUGCUUGCCUCUCAACUGGUCCGAAUGAUACUUAAGAUUGAUGAUAUUAGAGCUCCAAGUGACAUGGCUAUGUAGUGUUGUUUUGCUGCUAGUAUCAACAGUUUACAAGUGCUUUGUUAUGGAUGAGACAGUUGCUUCCUGUGAGCAAUUUGGCUUUCCUUGUGAGUCUGCUUGAUUGUAUAUAUGUAUUGUAGUUAUGCUGCCUUAUGUUGUAUUUAUUAUCAACGUCGUUGGCAAUAUUUUCUUCAGUUAUUUGCAGCAUCGUUGAAUGAGUGAGUGGUGGCGCUUUUUUUAAUUAUCAUUUUGAAAUCAACACCCUUCAUUUACGUGUGAUACUUUUGUACCAAUAAAGAAUUAAAUUUAAA